AUGUCACCUGUCCAUGGGAAGUGCAUGUGCAGACAUAACACUGCAGGACAGCAUUGUGAGAGGUGCGCGCCAUUGUACAAUGACCAGCCAUGGGAGCCAGGCGAUGGAAAAACGGGGACACCAAAUGAAUGCAGAAAGUGUCGCUGUCACAGUCAUGCUGAGAGCUGCCAUUUUGACCUGAGCGUCUGGUUGGCAUCAGGAAAGCAGAGUGGAGGUGUCUGUGACAACUGCAAGCACAACACAGAGGGCUACCGGUGUCAAAGGUGCAAGCCUGGUUUUUACAGAGACAAAGGGAAACCCAUGUCUUCGCCGGAGAUUUGCAAACCUUGCUCCUGCCACCUCAUGGGCUCAGUGAACACGACUUUCAACCAGAGCUGGAAAUGCCACCCAAAGACAGGAUUCUGCUUCUGCAAACCAGGCGUUGCAGGCCCCAAAUGCGACCGGUGCCUCUUGGGCUAUUGGGGAUUUGGAGAGAAUGGCUGCCAGCCUUGUGACUGUGCCAGAGAUUGUGACAAGCACACUGGAGAAUGCCUCAACAAUUACGACAACCAGGCUUUUUUCAAUAUUCCCAUUGGUGGAAGAAUCCCUGACCUUAUUCAAACACCAGCCAAUGAAACUGAAGAUGAGUGGCAGUGGAAUGACCACGAACAAGGGUUUUCUGCUCUAAGACAUCCAGAAAAGUGUGUCUGCAAAGAAAGGAUACUAGGAAGCGUCGCCAAUUUCUGCCAGAUGAAAUAUGCUUACGUAAUAAAAGCAAAGAUCCUCUCCGCUCAUGACAAAGGAACCCAUGCAGAAGUCAUUGUGAAGGUCAAGAAGGUUCUGAAAUCGGGAAGAGUGAAAAUCACGAGGAGUAACAGAAGCAUCUAUCCUGAGUCUUGGACCAACAGAGGUUGCACAUGCCCAAUUCUUAAUCCUGGUGUAGACUAUCUGAUAGCAGGACAGGAAGACACACGGACUAACAAACUUCUCGUGAACAUGAACAGCCUGGUGAAGCCCUGGAAAGCUCACUGGGGGAAACUAGUCGCAGACAUGCUUCGAACUGGAUGCAAAUAAUACCUUCUUUCAAAGCAAAAGCCACAGACUUUGCAUAUGUUAGUAAUAUUGCAGUGAAAGGCCUAAGUAGUUCUCUUGUUGUCUAUCAGAACAUUCCUAAGGGGAAUUUAAAAACAGAAUCUCUCCCUCCCCACCCCCGUCAUAUUUUGUGUUUUAGGGAGGCAUCUUGUGCCUUGAGUUCUUUCUUCCAAGAAUCAAAGGACAACGACAAAGGACAGUGACAAACAAUCCCAGCCCACACAGACUUGGAAACCUCAACCCUUAACUUUGUUUGCCUAGGAAUCACAGCUUAUAGCUUGCCCACAUCGUUUAUCCAGAGCUAAACCCCGCCCCCCCAGCCAGUGUCAAGAUUACAAAAUGCACCCCACAUUGAUGCUUUCAAGUCCCAUCCUGAUACUACUAACGCAUAAACGUACAGCUGCUUCACUAAAGCAUUUGUUUCAGGGUGGGUGGGUGGCUUUUUUGAAGCAGCCAUAAAGGAUGAGCAAACAACUUUGUCGAGCUUUGGAGCGACAACAUGCUCAACGGUUGGCCUGUCACAUGACUCCCGCUUUAUUUGGCAAUCUUUUCAGCUCACUAAGCAAGCUACAGUUAGAAUAACAUACGCAGCCUUUGGGGGUCCUUAAAGAGUGUGUACGUGCGCCCUCAGCAUUUGCACCGGGAUGGAAAGAUUCUGUAGAUUUAUGUUGUCUGUGUCCGAACUUUGCCACCAGAGAAGCAAACAGGCAGAGCCUGUGAGAUGGUAGAAGAGGCUGAACGCCUUCCCAGGACUUAGCCCCUUGGGGGAUUCUGGGAAGUGUGUGCACUGCGUACAGGGAGGGGGGCAUGGCUGGGGUCUGAUCCUGCAGGCAGGAGUCUCAAUGGACUUCACCUCCGUUCUUUCACAGAGCUUCUGGGGGAAGUGGUAGGUGGGGAGAGUUGGAUUAGCGAUUACAAAGACUGAUGAGUGGAGAGUUGGAUCAUUUGCCUUCUCUAGGGCUGUUCUCUCAAUACGUGCACCAAAUCAACAAUAGUUCUGGCUUUAACUUUGAGCCCACCUGCUCUCAUCAAAGGUCUUCUCCCAGCUUGCCCUCCCCCCGGCAUCCAUUGCACCACGCAAAUUUCAGGAGGAUUUCUGCUAAGGGCUUGUGCAGCACCGAUGAUUCCUUUGUGAGGGAAGAAUGCAGCACCGGCCCACAGUUUCUGCAUGCAAGUAGUGAAAGAAAUCCUGGAAGUUGAUUUGGUUUGGCGUUGGUAGAUUCACCAAACCACCGCAGAAGAGGUUGCAGGGCCGCUAGUGAGACAUACAUUCAAGGAAACAUCGGCUACCUCUGGGAACAGCCAUGUGGUUAUUCUGAUCUGCUCUUUCCAAGAUAAUAUUUGAGUCUCAAGUGCUGUCCUGCUAAUAUUUCAUGUAAAAACUGUUGGGGUUAUAGCUGCCAGCAACCACUUGCCUGCAGCAAGUACGUUCCGUUUAAGAGCAGGGCUUCUCAAAGAGCUCUCUUCUCUAAUAUGAAACAAAGAUGGUCAACUAGUGCUGCUGGUAUUCUCUAUUUUCUGUUGGUUGGUUGAAAGAGAAUGGCACCAUGAAAAUGCUUAAGUGUUGGCCUUUAAGAAACACGACACCUGUCUUAUUGAUCUUGCCUUCUUUUACUGAUUUAGCUGUGAUUCCUGCAGUGCAGAGGACUGGACUACAACUCUACAAUUCUGAUUCUACAAUUCCUGAAGACCUGAAGCACUUGUGGGCAGGCACACAACACUCAUGUAACUGCAUCUUGCAUCGCCUGCAAGGCUGGCAAGUAGCGUUCCAUGUCCUGGCUAGUCAAGGCACACAGAAAUCUGCAAAGAUACAAAGGCUACCUUUGCUUGCUACACUGAACCAUGGUUUAGCAUGUGUGUGUGUCUCACAGGCUCAUACUCUUUCCCCUCCUCUUCCUGCAUAGCUGGCAGAUUGAAAGCUUCUGCUUCUGACUAACCACAGUUUACUGUGCCAUCUGCGGCUCAUCAUGACUAUGUUAAGUUUAAACAAGCCCGCUGCAGUUAACUAUGGUUUGAAGUUGCCUUGUUUGAAACUAACAAGAGCUCAUGCCAGUCCAAAUGAAAAAGCAAACCAUGGGCUAAGCAAAAGCUUUCAAACUACUCCUGGCCCAUGAGAUGAGAGGGGACAUAGGCUUAUUUUGCUGCAGCCCUGUCCUGCUUGCUCAUGUCACUCUAAACCAUGUGUAAAGUGCAGCUUUCACCAGACCUGCCACCCCUCGAAUCAGGUAGCCAGAUACAGCUAACAGGACAUGUUUGUCCAUUGGAAGAGGCUCAAGAUGCUUACAAAUACACACACACACACACACACACACACACACACACAACAAUCCAGACUUGCUGCAGUUACUUUCUUCUGCAGCUUGAGAGCUCCUCAUCACCCCCACGGCUGACAUCUUACCGAAGGACACACUAGUUGUGCUUUCCCCUCUGUAUCUACUUUUUAGUUUGCAAAUCACUGCGUGCACAUUUAUUCCUUUUAAAAAACAAGAAGUUUUUAACAUCUUGCAAAACCGCUCAGGCCCAUCAGUUCUCUAUACAGCUAGCUUCUAUUGCAAUAUGCCAAACCUUUUUGCGUGAGGUCAGUCUUGCAGAGAAAUUGCUAGGUCCAUACACAAAAAGUGAGUGUACCUCCAUGAGCUUGAAAUGGUGUUGUCUACAGAAGUCACACCUGGAACAUGAAACUUGGGUCACACAGGGCAGUCUAUUGAAAAGAUAUUACAAGGCAAGGAGACUUGCAUUCCUUAGCGUUUACAAAGAUGUAAUAUUGCCCAGACUGGCUUAACUGAAGGCUUCCAUUUGAAGUCAGGCAUCCAUUAGGGACACAUUUUCAUCAAUUGUAAUGGGAGAAUAGAAGAUGCGUUGCUCAGAUAUUACUUGUCCUAAAGAUUGUGAAGUUUGUUUUGAAUGCCACUCGGCUGCAAGAGAAAUGGAAAUCUAACUUCACUUAAACACGUGGAAAGGUUAUCUGUAGGUUAUGGGAAACACUGUCCGAUGUGAAAAAAUGCUCGUACUUAACCACAGGCCAAGGCCUUCUACAUACAAUUGUUCUUUUAUUUAGACUCCGGUAUGCAUUUCAGGUAAUCUAUGAGUAGAAGCCAUUACUUCUAGUUGCUCACAGUUUUCAUUAAAAGUGCUAAAGUCAAACUGGAUACAGUAUUGUAAACUACAUUUAUAUUAUAUUGUCUAAAUGUAACACUGACUCCUUCAUAUUUUGUUAUGACAAGAAGCAUUCAGUGAUGUAAAGAGGCUAGCUAAAUAUUGCUAUAGCUCAUCCAUAUAAAAAUGGAUUAACGUA